AUGGUGACGAUGACGCUGCAGCUGGGUGGGCUGGCGCUGGCCGUGCUGGGCUGGCUGGGCUCCAUCCUCACCUGCGCGCUGCCCACGUGGAAGGUGACGGCCUUCAUCGGCUCCAACCUGGUGACGGCGCAGGUGUUCUGGGAAGGGCUGUGGAUGAACUGUGUGUACGAGAGCACGGGGCAGAUGCAGUGCAAGGUCUACGACUCGCUGCUGGAGCUCACCUCCGACCUGCAGGCUGCCCGCGCCUUGGUGGUCACCUCCAUCUUCGUGGCCUGCUUUGCCUUCCUCACCGCCGUCUCAGGAGCCGACUGCACCCGCUGCGUGGAUGACAAGGGCACCAAGACCAGGAUCUCCAUUGUGGCGGGCGGCAUCUUUGUCCUGGCCAGCAUCUUGCUGCUCAUCCCUGUCUCCUGGUCUGCCAACACCAUCGUCACCAGCUUCUACAACCCCAUGGUGCCCGACGCCCUCAAGAGAGAGCUGGGAGCCGCCCUCUACAUAGGCUGGGCCUCCAGCGCCCUCCUGCUUUUUGGGGGGGGCAUCCUGUGCUGCUCAGGACCCCCAUCGCAGCAGGACCCCUACCCCA